CACACACUCCCGCCCAUGGACCUCAUCGCCACCGCCGCCGCCGUGCGGGGCCCGACGGCGGCCCCACGCGCCCCACGCGCCGCGCGCCCGAGUCGGCGCGGCCGCAGCCUCCUCCGCCGCGCGGCGGCCUCCUCAACAUCCUCGUCUGCGGUGGUGGCGGCGGCGGCGGCGCCCGUCUACGCGCCCACGCCGCGAGACAGGCCUCUCCGGACGCCGCACAGCGGGUACCACUUUGACGGCACCCCUCGACCCUUCUUCGAGGGAUGGUACUUCAAAGUGGCCAUUCCCGAGUGCAGGCAGAGCUUCUGCUUCAUGUACUCUGUCGAGAACCCGCUAUUCCGUCAUGGGAUGAGUGAUCUGGACCAGUUGGUACACGGUCAGCGGUUUACCGGGGUGGGGGCGCAGAUCCUUGGUGCGGAUGAUAAGUACAUAUGCCAAUUCACUGAGAAAUCAAACAACUUUUGGGGGAGUAGGCACGAACUAAUGCUCGGAAACACUUUCAUUCCAAAUGAAGGUUCAACUCCCCCGGACAGGGAGGUUCCCCCUCAGGAAUUUUCUAAUCGUGUUUUGGAAGGUUUCCAAGUCACCCCAAUUUGGCAUCAGGGUUUCAUACGUGACGACGGAAGGUCAAAGUAUGUGCCAAAUGUCCAAACAGCUCGUUGGGAGUACAGCACUCGUCCAGUGUAUGGCUGGGGUGACGUUAAAUCUAAGCAAUUGUCCACAGCUGGUUGGCUCGCAGCUUUUCCUUUAUUUGAGCCUCAUUGGCAAAUAUGCAUGGCUGAUGGCUUGUCCACAGGAUGGAUAGAAUGGGAUGGAGAGCGGUUUGAAUUUGAAAAUGCUCCAUCUUACUCAGAAAAGAACUGGGGCGGAGCUUUCCCAAGAAAGUGGUAUUGGAUCCAGUGCAAUGUCUUCUCAGGCACAUCUGGUGAAGUUGCUUUAACUGCUGCUGGUGGAUUGAGGAAAAUUGGACUGGGUGAUACCUAUGAAAGUCCUUCACUGAUUGGAAUACAUUAUGAGGGGAAAUUUUAUGAAUUUGUUCCAUGGACUGGGACUGUAAGCUGGGAUAUUGCUCCUUGGGGUCACUGGAAAAUGUCUGGCGAGAACAAAAAUCAUCUGGUAGAAAUAGAAGCAACCACUAAAGAACCAGGCACUACUUUGCGAGCUCCUACUUCGGAGGCCGGACUGGUACCGACAUGCAAAGACACCGUCUACGGAGAUCUCAGGCUACAGUUGUGGGAAAAGAAGCACGAUGGUGGCAAAGGAGAGAUGAUACUCGAUGCCACAAGCAACAUGGCGGCGCUGGAAGUUGGUGGAGGCCCCUGGUUCACCGGGUGGAAAGGGACAACUGUUACGAACGAGGUUGUAAAUAGCAUUGUCGGCACCCCAGUCGAUGUCGAGAGUCUCAUCCCGAUCCCGUUUCUCAAGCCCCCAGGUCUGUAGGCUCAGCAAGGAAUGUAAACAAUGCCCCGCUGAAGGAGAUUAGGUAUCCUUAAUAUCAAUUUGAAACAUAGAGAAAAUAUUUUGUCUCGUUCAAAGUUGAAUCAGAAUUUUGCCUUGCUGCUUCCAA